CCUCCGCCUGUCCAAAGCGAUAUCGACUCCUUGUAGCAAGGAGUCCAUCAUCUGGCUCUGCCCGAUCCCUGAAGCGAGGGGCGGGGCCUGCUCGACUACGGCACUGCCCCGGAAGCUGUGGGCGACCACCAAGAAACGCUGGUGUCCACGAGGAGGGUGGAGUGCACCAAGCAGGGCGGGGCCAGGGAGGCGGGUCUGGGCUACGCCGGGAGGCUGUUGACUUUAUCCCCACCCCAAUGACCCCGGGGUCUUCUGCUUCCUCAAGGCCAUGGGUUCCCAGCCCCCCAAUUUCUCCUGGGUGCUCCCGGGCCGCCUGGCGGGACUGGCAUUGCCCCGGCUCCCUGCCCACUAUCAGUUCCUGUGGGCCCAAGGAGUGCGGCACCUGGUGUCACUGACGGAGCGCGGGCCUCCCCACAGCGACACCUGUCCCAACCUCACUGUACACCGGCUCCGCAUCCCCGACUUCUGCCCACCGACUCCAGAGCAGAUCAACAACUUCAUACGCAUCGUGGACGACGCCAACGCACGGGGAGAGAUGCUGCUUCCUACUUCAGAUAACCACUCCUCGGGCUUAAGCUGGAGUAUCCACCCUACUCAGCCAGGGAAAUUGGGCUUGGAACCUGCUGCUUUUCUCUAUCCAAGGCCCCUGGAUCAGGAUACCCCCUUCUCCUGAUGUUAAUAGUGACUAACUGGAGGCCCCAUUUAAAAAAAAUGUCUUUGCCCAAUUCUUAGACAUAUUUGGAGAAGGGAAGAGUGCUUUCUGGGAGGUUGGGGAGGCAGGACCUGGAAUCAAAUGUGACACUACUACUUUCUGUAACCUUGGGCAAGUCACUGGUUCUGUUAUAUGAUGAAAAGGUAGACUCCAUUUCUGAGUUCCUUCUAGCUCUAAAUCUCAGAUCCUAUGGUGUUAUGAAUAGCUAGAGCCUAAAAUCCUGGGACUGAAUGGGGACAAGGCCUUUGAGACCCUGUCCCCACUGAGCCCCAUCCCCACAGGCAGUGGGGGUACAUUGUGCCCUGGGCUUUGGCCGAACAGGCACCAUGCUGGCUUGCUAUCUGGUAAAGGCGAAAGGCCUGGCAGGGGGAGAAGCUGUGGCUGAGAUUCGGCGACUGCGACCAGGUUCCAUCGAGACCUAUGAGCAAGAGAAAGCAGUUUUCCAGUUCUUCCAACAAACCAAGUAGGGGAAGAUGUGGUACCUUUCUUCCCCCAACUGGUAUGGUGCAUGGACCCAGGAAGUUGGAACCAAAGCCGAAUCGAGCUCAUUCUGUGAAGGAGCAAGCAGUUGUGUGUGUGUGUGGGGGGGGGGGGGGGGGGGCGGGUAGUUAGCAGCAACCAUACCCUAUCUGAGUCAGAAGAGAUAUUCCCUUUCCUCUUAAGCAGUGAGACUGGGCCUGAAGUUGGGGGUGGCCAGUCUGUGAGUCCCAUCACAAUAUAUUGUGUAUAUACAAUGCAUUGUUGCCUUCAAUAAAAUGAUCAGUGAAACUUCUUUUGCCUUCAA